AUGCCCCUGCUGCCUGGCACCGUGGGCCUGGCAGGCCUGUUCUUCUGGGCAGGCCAGACAAUGAACGCCUUGAUGCCCAAUGCCACCCUGGCACUGGCCCAGACCGAGGGCACAGCUGUACGACCCCUGACUGGCCUGGGGGUGCCCCGGUACCGGCGGAAGCGCCACAUCUCUGCCCGGGACAUGAGUGCCUUAUUGGAUUAUCACAACCACAUCCGGGCCAGUGUGCACCCACCUGCCGCCAACAUGGAGUAUAUGGUCUGGGACGAGCGGCUGGCCAGGUCCGCUGAAGCCUGGGCCACCCAGUGCAUUUGGGCCCACGGGCCCUCACAGCUGUUGAGAUACGUGGGUCAGAACCUCUCCAUCCAUUCUGGCCGGUACCGCUCUGUGGUGGAUCUCGUGAAGUCUUGGUCUGAGGAGAAGCGGCAUUACUUGUUUCCGGCCCCGAAGGACUGUACCCCGCGCUGCCCCUGGCGCUGCAGUGGCCCUGUGUGCUCUCACUAUACCCAGAUGGUGUGGGCAUCUUCCAACCGGCUGGGCUGUGCCAUCCACACCUGUGGCAGCAUCCAUGUGUUGGGCAGCACCUGGCACCAGGCUGUGUACCUGGUCUGCAACUACGCCAUUAAGGGCAACUGGAUCGGCGAGGCACCAUACAAGAAGGGGAGGCCGUGUUCUGCCUGCCCUCCCAGCUACCAAGGCAGCUGCAACAGCAACAUGUGCUUCUAGGGACUCAAAUCCAACAGGCUGCUGUGGUUCUGAAUUUUCCCUGGUCUCUGGCAGGGCUCCAGCUGGGCCUGACCCUCCAAGAGUCCCUUCCCAAAGACCGGGUCAAGCGAUUUUUUUUUUUUUU